AUGACCAUUUUUGAUUUAAUUAUUAUUAUAUAUAUAUAUAUUUAUUUACAACCUCAACCCACCAUAAAAGCAUUAAUAAUUCCUAAAUCAAUAUAUAAUAUAACUUAUCAAGGUAUAAAUAUUAAUAAUGUUCGAAAUGAUAAAUCAAUGUAUGAAUUUAAAGUUAUUGGUGGACCUUAUAAAACUAAUGUAAAUUAUUAUUAUGAUUCUUUUAAUGGUAUAUAUUUUAUCAAUCAAAAUCAAAAUCAAAAUCAAAAUCAAAAUCUAAUUCAAAACCAUCACAAUAAUAAUAGUUAUUAUUAUUAUUAUUAUGCUGCUGCUGAUGAUGAUAAUGAUAAUGAUAUAAUUGAAGUUUUAAGUCGUGAUGAAAUUGGAAUUCAAUUGAAUGAAAAAUAUAAUAGUUUGUUUUUAUAA